ACUGAUAUUCAGCAAGGACCCAUCUCUACGCCCCACCCCUGCUGCAGGGUUGAGCUUGUUGUCAAACAUUUUAAUUUUAUAUGUUGGUCUGGAAUUUGUGAAGAUCAGUAACUAUGCCGUUGUUUGAGGGUCUUGGGAGUGGAGGGGAGAAAACUGCAGUAGUUAUUGAUUUAGGAGCAGCCUACACAAAGUGUGGAUUUGCCGGAGAGACAGGACCCCGAUGUAUCAUUCCCAGUGAGAUCCAGAGGCCAGGGGUCCAACAGCCCAUCCGAGUGGUUCAAUUCAAUAUCAACACAGAAGAGCUCUUCUCCAAUCUUAAGGAAUUUAUCCACAUGCUGUACUUCAGACACCUGCUUGUGAAUCCACGGGACCGGCGUGUGGUCAUCAUUGAGUCCAUCCUCUGCCCUUCACAUUUCAGAGAGACCCUCACCAAGGUCUUCUUCAAGCACUUUGAGGUUCCCUCAGUGCUCUUCGCCCCCAGCCACCUCAUGUCCGUUAUGACCCUAGGCAUCAACUCUGCGCUCGUGAUGGAUUGUGGGUACACGGAGACCUUGGUCCUGCCCGUGUACGAGGGAAUCCCCAUCCUCUCUGCCUGGGAGGCCCUACCUUUGGCAGGGAAAGCGAUUCACAAAGAGUUGGAGACACAGCUUGUGGAACAGUGUACAGUGGACACAGACUCCAGCACCGGUCAGAGUCUGCCUGCAGUCAUUGGAAAUGUUCAAGAAGAUGUCGUGGAAGAUAUCAAAGUCAGGACCUGUUUUGUCAGUGACCUGCAGAGAGGGCUGAAGAUCCAGGAGGCCAAGUUCAACCUGGAGGGCACAGCAGAGCGUCCAGACCCGCCCCCAGAUGUGGAAUAUCCAUUAGACGGAGAGAAGAUCCUCCACAUCAAGGGUUCGAUCAGGGACUCUGUCAUUGAGAUGCUGUUUGAGCAGGACAAUGAGGAGAAGUCAGUGGCAACCCUAAUGCUGGACGCUCUGGUCAAGUGCCCGAUCGACACCCGUAAGACCCUGUCGGAGAACCUGGUGGUGAUCGGGGGCACGGCCAUGCUGCCGGGCUUCAUGCACCGCCUGCUGGCCGAGAUACGCCACCUGGCGGAGAAGCCGCGAUACCAGCAGGCCCUGUCCACCAAGACCUUCCGCGUGCACAGCCCGCCCGCCAAGCCCAACUGCACCGCCUGGCUGGGAGGUGCAAUAUUCGGGGCCCUGCAGGACAUCCUGGGGAGCCGGUCGGUGUCCCGAGACUACUACAAUCAGACGGGCCGCAUCCCGGACUGGUGCAGCCUGAGCGCCCCGCCCCCGGAGUCCUUGUACGACGCCGGCAAGACCCCGCCCCCGCUCAUGAAGAGAGCUUUCUCCACAGAGAAGUGAAGCCCCCCCCCCCCC